CGACCGCGUGGGCGAGGCCGCUGCGACUGCGCAAGUGGUCAACUCGCAAUCGCAGACGCCAGAUCCCAGACGAGCCAGCCCGCUUCCCGGCGCCGUCCGGAAGCGCACAAACGCUGCCGUCGCUGUCGCCACCGCGCCCGGGCUCCCCCGCGUCCACAAAAAGCCGCCACGGCCCGUACGCCGAUGGAUCCUGGCCCGGCGGCCGGUGAUCCCGCCUGCAGCCCGCGCGCCCCGUCCACCACGCUCCGGAGGCGGCCGGUGCCGAUCUCUACAGACACGUCGCGACGAGGCGACGACGGCGCCCCGCGAGAGCUAGAGCGGGGGGCGGGCGAGGCGCGGCAGGAGGGGGGCUCGAUGGCGUCCGCGCCGGGGGUGGAGGAGCAGGCAGCGGUGGCGGCGGCGGCAAGGGGGAGGGACGACCUGGAGGCGGGCGAGCCGAUGAGCCCCGCGGGGCGGCUGUUCCGGGAGACGCACUUGAACUGCCACAUCGUGGCCCUGAUCGGGCUGGGCGCGGCGGUGGACGUCGCGGCGGCGCGCGCCGGGCUGGAGGCCACCCUCGUCCGCCACCCGCGCUUCUCCAGCGUCCAGGUGAAGGACGAUGUGAAAAACAAGAACGCCAAGCCGCGGUGGGUGCGGACCACGGUGAACCUGGACGACCACAUCAUCUUCCCCCACCUGGACCCCGCCGCCACGUCGGCCAACCCCGACCAGGCCGUGGAGGACUACCUGUCCUCGCUGUCCACGGCGCCCAUGGACCACUCCCGCCCGCUCUGGGAGCUCCACGUCCUCGACUUCCCGACCUCCGAGGCGGCCUCCGCCGUCGCCGUCCGCAUGCACCACUCCCUCGGCGACGGCAUCUCGCUGCUCUCGCUCCUCAUCGCCUGCACCCGCAGCGCCGCCGACCCGGCGCGGCUGCCGGAGCUGCCGCCCGCGCCGCGCCGCGCGGGGCCCGUGCACGCGCGGCCGCGCCCGCCGCUCUCGGCGGGGCUCGCGGCGCUCGCGCUGUGGGUGUGGUCGUACGCCGUGCUCGCAUGGCACACGCUGGUGGACGUCGCGUGCUUCGUGGCCACGUCGUGGUUCCUGCGCGACCCGCGCACGCCGUUCGCCGCCGCGUCCGAGGGCGUCGAGUUCCGCCGCAAGCGCUUCGUGCACCGCACGCUUAGCCUCGACGACGUCAAGUUCGUCAAGACUGCCAUGAAGUGUACUGUCAACGAUGUGCUGAUUGGAGUGACCAGCGCAGGAUUGUCGCGCUAUUAUUUCCGCAAGACAAGUGAUACCAACGAGAGGAAGAAAUCACAGAAGAACAUUUGUGUGCGAUCAGCUCUCCUCGUGAACAUUAGGAAAACACCUGGCUUACAUGCAUUGGCAGAAAUGAUGGAUUCUAGCAAGAACAAUGGUGCAAAAUGGGGGAAUCUGAUUGGUUACGUUAUACUACCUUUCCAUAUAGCCAUGCACGAUGAUCCUCUUGAAUACAUCCGCCAAGGGAAAAGGACAGCUGAAAGGAAGAAGACGUCAUUAGAAGCAGUCUUCACAUACUGGAGCGGGAACCUAAUAGUCAAACUUUUCGGCAUGAAGGCAGCAGCAGCUCUAUGCUAUGGUAUGUUCACAAAUACCACCAUGUCAUUCUCAAGCAUGGUCGGACCUGCAGAGAAGGUGGAAUUCUAUGGCCAUCCAAUCCAAUACAUUGCCCCCUCUGUCUACGGGCAUCCACAUGCUCUGACAGUACAUUACCAAAGCUAUAUGAACUCCAUCAAGCUUGUCCUUGCGGUGGAUGAUGCUCAGUUUCCAGACUCUCAUCAGCUUUUGGAUGACUUCGCUGAGUCCCUCAGGCUUAUCCGUCAGGCAGCUUCAACAAAAUGACAGAAGGAAACAAGACCAAUAUUCUUUUUUGAUAGAUUGUAGAUUAUUGGUGCAUGCAAACAAAUGUUUGACAGCAACUGCUCAGGAACUUGAUAGUCUCUUUCUUAAUAAAAUGACACGUAGCUCUCAUGUUCGAGAAAAAAAAGGAACUAGAUAGCCUGAAGUGGUUACCUGGUGGGGGAGUGGGGACAGAGAUGCCGCAGACAAAUUCCAAAGUGUAAACACUAGUAUGUAUUUUGGUGGAAUAACCAAAUAAAUAUUUGUACGAAGGAAUCCAACAUCAACAAAUGCAGUUGCACCAUAUGAUAUGACCA